AUGCGAAUCGUGAAUAAAGACAAGGGUACGGCACACGCUGCUGCCUUCCGAUCUGGAAAAAGAGCCUUCUGCGACGACAGUGUCGUGGCUGUUGUCAUCUCCUAUCGUCAGUUGGCUGGCAGCGGCGCGUCCGAUGAGUUUCGAUGCGAGCCUUGCAACAAAAUCCUGACCUCCCUAACGCGGUUGAGGCGGCACAUACAGAACGUGCACACCAAGCCCAGCAAGGAACCGAUCUGUACCAUCUGCAAGCGGGUAUACUCGAGCCUGAACAGCCUGCGGAACCACAAGAGCAUCUAUCAUCGGCAACACAGCAAGCAGGAGCAGCAACGGAAGGAGAUGGAACAGGUGCGCGAACGGGAGAGGGAACAGAUGCGCGAACGGGCGAGAGAGCAGAGAGAACACACGGACAGAGUAAAUUCUCAACAGGAGCAACAACAGCAACCUCAGCAACAACAGCAUCAGGAUCAACAGCAGCACCAGCAGCACCAGCAGCAGUCACGAUUGGGAUAA